AUGGAGAUAUCCACGAUGGCGCCAUCAACAGUGGGAACGUCUACCACGACAAUACACUCGGCAAUGGCAUCAUCUACAGCGCUGCCAUCAACUAUGACUUCAUCUACCGCGACAAUGCAAUCAACAGCGACACCAUCUACGACAGUGCCAUCAACAAUGGCUUCAUCCACCACAGUACUGCCAUCGGCAAUGGUACCAUCUACGGCAAUGCCAUCAACAAUGGCUUCAUCCACCGCGGCAAUGCAAUCAACAGCGACACCACCUACGACAGUGCCAUCAACAAUGGCUUCAUCCACAACGGUACUGCCAUCGACAAUGGUACCAUCUACGGCAAUGCCAUCAACAAUGGCUUCAUCCACCGCGGCAAUGCAAUCAACAGCGACACCACCUACGACAGUGCCAUCAACAAUGGCUUCAUCCACAACGGUACUGCCAUCGACAAUGGUACCAUCUACGGCAAUGCCAUCAACAAUGGCUUCAUCCACCGCGGCAAUGCAAUCAACAGCGACACCACCUACGACAGUGCCAUCAACANCGCCCCGGUACCCCCCUCGACACUGGCACCAUCUACGGCAAUGCCAUCAACAAUGGCUUCAUCCACCGCGGCAAUGCAAUCAACAGCGACACCACCUACGACAGUGCCAUCAACAAUGGCUUCAUCCACCACGGUACUGCCAUCGACAAUGGUACCAUCUACGGCAAUGCCAUCAACAAUGGCUUCAUCCACCGCGGCAAUGCAAUCAACAGCGACACCAUCUACGACAGUGCCAUCAACAAUGGCUUCAUCCAUCACGGUACUGCCAUCGACAAUGGUACCAUCUACGGCAAUGCCAUCAACAAUGGUUUCAUCCACCACGGUACUGCCAUCGAUAA